ACAAGGCACAGAUCAAAAUAUAUAUACACACACGGCCGGCCCUUGGAUGCAUACACAGCUAGCAUUUGGAUCGAAAUUAGCAUUUGCAAGGAAGCAAAACUAAACUUGGCAAAUAUAUAUGCCGUCCCUUGGAGCCGUCAUGGCGGAUGGCCGCGAGGCCACGGCCACGGCCACCACCAUGAAGGACACAGCGACGAUGGUGGCGAGCAAGACGAAGAAGACGACCCUUCUGAGCCUGCUCCGGGCCAAGUCGGAGCGGAGGGCGGAGGCGGAGGAGAAGGUGGAGUGGGUCCGGUCCCAGAUCAUCGGCGGCGACGCCGAGCUGGACACGCCGUUCGGCCGCCGUGCCCUCGUCUACGCCGACCACACCGCCUCGGGCCGCGGUCUUCGCUACGUCGAGGACUACCUCCUCACCCACGUCCUCCCCUUCUACGGAAACACGCACACAGAGGACAGCUACGUGGGGAGCAGGACGACGAGGACGCUAUGCGGGGCGAGCAACUACAUCAAGCGUCGCACCGGCGCCGGAGACGGCGUCGCGCUGCUCUUCUGCGGCUCCGGCACGACGGCGGCGAUCAAGCGGCUGCAGGAGGCCACAGGGAUCGCGGCGCCACCGGGGCUCCCGCGGGCGCGGGUGGUGGCGCUGAGGCCGGAGGAGCGGUGGGUGGUCUUUGUGGGGCCCUACGAGCACCACUCGAACCUGCUGUCGUGGCGGCAGAGCCUGGCGGACGUGGUGGAGGUCGGCGCCGGCGGCGGAGAGGACGGCGGCGGGCUCGUCGUCGACCUCGCCGCGCUCCGGCGCGCGCUGGGGUCCCCCGAGUACGCGGACCGGCCCAUGCUGGGGUCCUUCUCGGCCUGCAGCAACGUCACGGGGAUCCUCACCGAUACCCGCGCCAUAGCACGCGUCUUGCACCAGCACGGCGCCUUCGCCUGCUUUGACUUCGCCGCCAGCGCGCCCUACGUGGAGAUCGACAUGAGGCCGGGCGAGAUGGACGGCUACGACGCCAUCUUUCUGAGCCCGCACAAGUUCCCAGGGGGUGCCCCGGGCACGCCGGGGAUCCUCCUCAUGAGCCGCGCCCUCUACGUGUUGGGUGCGCGCUCCAUGCCGCCGUCCCCCUGCGGCAGCGCAACCGUGUCUUACGUCAACGGUGCUAACGAGUGCGACACGGUGUACCUCGACGGCAUGGAGGAGCACGAGGCUGCCGCGCCGCCUGUGGCCGAGGCGGUGCGCGCCGCUCUCGCGUUCUGGGUCAAGGAGCGGGUCGUCGGGCUCGGUGUUGUUGCCCUUCGGGAGCGUGCCCACACCGAUGCCGCCAUGCGUUGGCUCCUGCGGAACCCCCGCGUCGAGGUGCUUGGGGAUGUUAAGGGGAGGUUGCCCAUCUUCUCCUUCCUCGUCUACCCCGGCGGUGGCGGUGGAGCCAUGGAGAUGGAGAGGAGGACAAAACAACGGCCCCUCCAUGGGCGGUUCGUGGCGAGGCUAAUGAACGACCUCUUCGGCAUCCAGGGCAGGGGUGGGUGCGCGUGUGCUGGCCCGUACGGGCACGCGCUCCUCGGCAUUGGCCACGACCUCUCCCUCCGCAUCCGCUCCGCCAUUCUCAAAGGUUACCAUGGCGUGAAGCCGGGAUGGACGAGGGUGAGCUUCGCCUACUACAUGCCGAGGGAAGAGUUCCGGUUCAUCCUCGCCACCAUCGACUUCGUCGCCGAGCACGGCCACCGCUUCCUGCCGCUCUACGCCUUCGACUGGGCCACGGGGAACUGGACCUUCCGGCGCCGAGCGGUCAAGCACCACCUCAUCAUGGAGGAGCUGCUGCAUCUUGGUGGCGCUGACGAAGCCCGGAGGACGACGAAGGAGGAGUCGAAGACCGACGACGACGACAAGUUCAAGAGCUACCUGGAGCUGGCCACAAAGGUCGCGCUCUCGCUGCCGGACACUACCAGCUGCGAUCCGCGGCAGGUUGCAAGCCGUUUGCCCGAGGGAAUCGACCCUGACAUUGUGCUCUUUCGAGUGUGAGUCCCAGUCCAGUGUACUAUGACCAGUACAUUUUGAGUCCAGAUGGCAAUCGGUACCCGAUACACGUACCCGACGGGUUUCUACCCGUUUAAUAUACGGGUUUGGUAAAAAAUUAUACCUGCGGGUAUGUAAAUGGUAAAAUUCUAUACCCGAUGGGUAUGGCGGGUACGGGUAUGGUAUUGAUCUACCCGAACCCGUCUAUCCGCCUACCCGCACUAAAUUGUCACUUUGUCAGCCCAGUACUCAAAGCCCAUUAAUCUCUGGCCCAA